CAGACAAGGAGGAGGUAACGGCGGUUUUUCAUUGAUUUAUUUAACUUUGGCGUUCAUUAAAAUUACAUUCACACAAUUUCUGACUCUUUUUGUGUAUUUAAAGCGAACUGAGAAACCUAAAGCUACGCAUACAUAAAAUGAACGGACAAGCUGACGUUGAAGUUGACUACAAGCGCAAAUACAAAAACAUCAAACGCAAAUUAAAGUUCCUCGUUUACGAGCAAGAAUGUUUUCAAGAGGAGCUGAGGAGAGCACAGAGGAAACUUCUGAAGGUUUCCAGGGACAAAAGUUUCCUUCUGGACAGAUUGCUACAGUAUGAGAGGGUAGAUGAAGACUCAUCAGAUUCAGAUGCAACAGUUUCUUCAGAUAACAGUGAAGGAGAAGUACUCAGAGAGAGGGAAAGAGAGCGAGAAGGAGCAAAAAAAAGAAAAAGUAGUCCAGGGGCAUGCCUUUCUUCAUCGUCAUCUCCUCAUCUUUCCCUUCUGUCCCGUCCUGGAGUAAAUCCCCUGCAGGCAUCUGGCGCUGGACCAUACCUCAACACUAUGCCCUUCCCACCAGAGUAUUUGGCACCGCCAGCUGAGCGAAUGAAGAAAGAGAGAAAACCAAAGACGCCUAAAAACAAGAAAGAGACAACGGGGAAGGUUGUCGCUCCAGUGGCAGCUAACUAUGCGUCAGCCAGUGGGACUCCUCCAUCAGCCAGCGGCCCCUUCAGCUGGGUUCCCAGACAGAUGCUUAGUGGAGAUGCAGCUGAGGAGGAGGGUGAGAGCGACGGAGAAAGUGAUAGGGGCGAUGAAGACAGAGGGGAGGGAGACGAGGCCGAACUCGUCAUUGACAUCCCGAAUGAGUGAUUGUGUGUGUGUAUAUGUGUUUAAAUAUAUUUAAAAGGAAGGAAUGAGUGAGGUUUAUGUAUGUGAGUGAGAUUGGUGAAAGGCGACUGUCUCUUUCUGUACUGAGAAGCAAGUUCGUCAGUUUUAAAAGGAGAGCAAAGCUCCCCCAUGUGGAUUAAUGGUGAACUGCAGAGUCACUGCAUCUUCAGAGGAGAGUGUUGUUUUCUGUUAAGCGAUAAAACUGUGACAAAGGUAUAGGCUGCAAGAUUUUAAGAAAAGUGCAGGGCUUGAUGAACUGAGAUCUGUUUUCAUCUGCCUGAUGAUAAUUUUCAUGUGAAGACAUUUAUCAGUCUACAGACUGAAUUGAACCAGUGUUUGCCUUUGAAAAGGUUUUUGUUAUACAACGUCCAACCACCAUCUCAUAUUCACUUUGGUCCAUUAAAACUCUUUGUAACUUUAAAUGUUCACUCUUUUGUGUUCUUGUUAUUGACAGUUUUUACGCCUUUCAUUUUUUUUCCUGAUAAGUUUUUAUGUCACUGGCAUCAAGAUCACCCUUUUUUUUUUUAUCUCUAAACAUGUAUUGUUUUUGCAUCAUUUGACAAGUGUAUCAGAAACGCUUUUUUAUGUGAUAUCAGCUUUUGUGACCAGAUGCCACAAAGGCAGUUACUAAAAAAAAAAGAAGCUGUUGUUGGUUGACCAAAAUAAAUCUAAUUGAACCAUU